GCUCUCCCGGGAGAGGUGCCAGCGCCGGAGGCGGCCUUUGCCCGAGCACAAACGCCUUCAGCUGCGGAGGGACGCGGAGCCGGGCGCUCGGGGAGCGGCCUCGGGGAGGGGGAGCUGCCGGCAGCCCCCCGGUGUGCCCCCCCCGGCAACGCGCUCCGGCCUCUGCCGCGCCCCUUCCCCGCGUUCUCCGGGAGGGCGACCUCUUCCAGGCAGGAGCGGGAGCCUCCUCCUCACCAGCAGGACUGUGGUCAUCCAGGGACUGCUGGGAGGCUCACUGGGCGUGCUGACACUCACACGUGAUUUCCAUAGCUGCCAGUGCUGAGCAAGAAGGUGCCUCUCUCCUCUGGCUCUGCACCCUGGAGAUGGCGGCACCCAAGGUCGCAGUGGUUGGCGCAGGAGUCAUCGGCCUGUCCACAGCACUGUGCAUCACGGAGACUUGCCCCAGCUGCUCCGUGACCAUCCUUUCAGACCAGUUCAGCCCCAACACAACGAGCGACGUUGCAGCCGGGAUGCUCAUCCCUCACACCUACCCAGGCACACCAAUCCACGUGCAGAAGCAGUGGUUCAAAGAGACCUUCGCUUACCUUUUUGCCAUCAGCAACUCAGCCGAGGCAUCAGAGGCUGGCAUUCACCUGGUCUCUGGCUGGCAGGUCUUUAAAAACGCUCCCAAGGAAGAGUUACCUUUCUGGUCAGACGUCGUCCUGGGAUUUCGACUGAUGUCUGAAGCAGAACUCCGAAAGUUUCCACAGCACCGGUUUGGUCAGGCCUUUAUGACACUGAAAUGUGACUGUCCACCCUACCUGCUGUGGCUGGAGAAAAGGUUGAAAGCAACUGGCGCCCAGAUGUACACCAGAAAAGUUGCAGACUUGUGGGAGCUGCACAGCGAAUAUAACGUUGUCGUCAACUGCGCAGGCAUUGGAGCCCAACAGCUGGUGGGGGAUAAGGAGCUCUUCCCCGUCAGGGGACAAGUACUCAAGGUUCAUGCUCCUUGGGUUAAAAACUUCAUCCGGGAUGGAGAUGGCUUAACUUACAUCUACCCAGGGAUACACAGGGUAACCCUAGGGGGAACCAGGGAAAAGGAGAGCUGGAGUCUUUUCCCUAAUCCUGGCACUACCAAAGACAUCUUUGACAGAUGCUGCUCCCUUGAGCCCUCAUUGCGGGGAGCUCAGGAUAUCAAGGUGAAGGUGGGCCUGAGGCCAUCCAGGCGGUGCGUGAGACUGCAGAGAGAGGUCUUGAGCCAAGGAGGACUUAAGCUCCCAGUGGUCCACAAUUAUGGGCAUGGGGCAGGUGGCUUUUCGAUGCACAGGGGCACAGCCAAAGAGGCUGCUCGCCUGGUAGGAGAGUGCAUUGCUGCUUUGCAAGGCUCCUUAUCGAGGGCCAAGCUUUGAAUCCCAGAGGCUCCUUUUCCAUUUACAACAGGCUGAUGUUGUAUCCUGGUAAGAGCUUUGGACUUUCAUUCCAUUACUAGAUAGAAGGACGCUAAGACAACAGCUUGUGCCAUUGCAGAUGCUCAGCGGUAUCUCACCAGCUUCCAGCUGCCACCUUGGAAAGUCAUGAUGGGUUGAUCCAAGUAUUAGUCCAGCUGUCCUUCUCCAUCUGGCAUUGUUUCUGCCCUGGGCAUUUCUCCUAGCCUCAUGUUAAGGAGAAGGCAAGAUAUGUAGAUACUCUUCACAUAACAGGGAUCGGAUUGCUGCAGUAUAAUAUCAAUAACAUAAAUUUGGCAUUUCUUCAUCUUCAUCUAAAGGGUAUUGGAUGCACUAGGUUCAGAUUCAGUAAAAACUAGUUCUCUCCUCUUGUACCAAAUCAAACCUAGUAUUGCCCUUGGUCCUGCCAUCUUGCUAAAAAACUUUACCAUUUUCCUUGUGGUUUACAAGGAAAAGAAAACCCUGUACGGUGCUGCAUUACAGUGCUCCAGGUCAGCUCUUACAGAAAGCAAUGUCAGGUCACUGUCAUGCACAGUGACCAGGCAAGCAUGAUUUUAAGAGCAGGUCUGUUACACUGAUCACCGCAUUUGCUCAUAUUGCACCUCAGGGAACUUUGUGUUAAGUUUCUGCAAGAGGAGGUUGCCCUGUAUGAGCUACAGUUUUGUGCACCUUUUCUCACACUUGUUUGCAAAUCUCUUUUUUUUUUUCCUCUGAGCCCCUCAGAAUUUAAUCUCAGACACAGAUGAUUUUUGCCCCCCAACAGCAGCAUUUGACAUGGCCUGUGUUCCACAGAAGAGGAUUUUUCAGGGUGGGCUUGGGAGUGCAAACAUCUCUUUUCUACUUUGCAUCAGUGCUAGCUGCUUUCCUUGCAACAGCUGAUAUGGAUAAAUCGGUGACAAACCAACAAGGAUCUUAACACCAGCUUCAGUUUCAUAAGGGAGAGAGGAGCCAUUUAAGACUAGAUAAACACUGUAAAGACAAAUUUGUCUGUAACUGGACGUGAGCGAGCUCCUCUGCCGCCGUGAGGAAGCUGAGCCACCAGAGCCCAGACCCUCACCCCAUGGCAGAGGCUGAGCUGGGCCUUACACUCCCCUCAGCAAUUCAAGCCCUUUGAUGUGGCUGAAGAUAGUCACUCCCCAAAAUCAGAGCUUACCGUCAAAGUACAGGUCUGACUGUUAGUGAUUAAACCACUCAUUAGAUCCUAAAUGGCUCAUUCAAGAGCGUUAGCAUCCACUUUUGACUAGGUUUUUUAUACUUACAAAAUAAAUUAAAAUCCUUCAAGAAUUCACAUGAUUAAAAUUAACUGAAAAAUAAAGUUCUAAUAAUGGAGCAAAGGUCACUUUUGUAGUGUUUCCUUUCAUAAACAAAAGGGUUUCUUUCAUUUGGGAUGGCCUGACAGGGCCAGGAAAGGCCACGUUCAGACAUGGCUGCCAAGUCCUGCUGUUCUCAGAGGGGAUGAGGACAGUUAUCCUUCACAAGGGACAGUGGUCAAAAGAAACCUCAUCAAAUUAAAAGGUCAAUUAGCGCCUGGGAUCAGCCUAAGCUAGCCCUGCCUUCAGCAGUCUUGCCCUCUUCUCCUCAGCUCUGGAGGCUAAUUUUGCACUCCCUCCCCAUCAUUUGUCCUUUCCAGCGGUAUGAGAGGGCAGAGCUGCUGGUUUUGGCAGCAGUGUUGGCGUAGGGCUUGUCAAGCUGCAGCUUUGUCCUCAGCUAACACAGACCACAAAAAAUACAUGGAAAAAGAACAUGAGAGUGGGCUAUUUUUUCUUAAUCUUGAUUUUAAUCUUAAAAAGUAACAAACAUUGUAGCUGAUCCUGGAGCAAGAAACACUAGUAAUGCUAAUGGUGUGCUCACAGCCCCACGAGAAACCAGAGAUCUGAUUGUGCACUUCUGCUCUGCAGGGUGGCAGGGUUUGUUCUAGUUUACUUCUAAGAGUUGUCUGGUUGAUAAAAAUGUCACAAUAGGUUCAACAGCAAGGCCCAUCAGUCUGGUGUCCUAGCUUCUAGCAGUGGAGAGGGCCACUUCUAGGCAUUCCUGGCCCUGGGGCUUCCUCAGCUGAGGGGUAGGUUAGUCCUUCAUGGCUCUCAGAUGAUUUAUCUUCCACGCAUUUGUUGGAUUGCUUCUGAAACCAUGUAUGGUGCUUCUGUAGUCCCUGACAUCUCAUGACAAGUUCCAUAAGGGGAGUCACUUCUUUGCCCAGGAGCAGAGCUUCUUGCCUUCGUGUUUGUCUUGAACCUGGAAACAUCAUUUGAUGUCCCUUUCUUGCAUCUUAUGAGAAGCUGUGACUAGUUAUUCUCCAUGACCCUUCAUGAAUUUAUAAAGCUGUACCAUACUUCCUCUCGGACUCUUCUUUCCCACCCUGAAGAAUCUUGAUUUAUGUAGCUGCAACCCACAUAAAGUCAUCCCAUAUCUUUGGUCUUCCUUUAUACCUGUUCUCGCACUAACAUACCCUUUUUGAGAUGGAGGGACCCGAGCACACAGUACUCAUGGUAGGAGGUGAACCCGGUAUUUAAUUGAUGACAUCUCUGUUCCAUUCCUAAUAAUUUCCAAUAAUCAAUUGCUUUAUAGUCACUAAUGAGCUUUUAACUGACAUCUGAAUAGAACGACCUAAUUCCAAGAUAUCUGUCCUGGAUGGUACUAGGUGGUUCAGAGGCCAUUGCUGAGACUGGGUAGUGAGGGGGUCUUCCUCCCAGCUCAGCCAUGUGUUUUCCUCUGCUGUUACCAGCACUGAGUUUCACCUGCCAUUUCAUUGCCCAGGCUCAUGAGAAGUUUUUGCAGCUCCUUGCAGGCAGUUUGCAUUUCACUACCUUGAAUAAGCUGGUACCACCAGCAGUUCAAGCCUCUUCACCAUUUGUCACCUGACUGAUGGGUGUGUGGAUUAGCACUGGCCCUACUACGGAUCCCUCUAAGAUGUCAUUGGUGACUUCACUGUGAAAAACAGAUGAUUUAUCCUUACCUCGUCCCUCUAUCCUAUACGCAGUUGCUGACUCAUGAGAGGAUCUUCCCUCUUAUCCCAUGCCAGAUUAGCUUCUUUAUGAGUCCUUGAUGACAGAUGUUAUUAAAGGCCUUCCAGAAGCUGAGCAGAUCAUACCAAGAGGAUUGCUCUAGUCUGUAGCCUCACUGUUUUCCUCUGAAGCUGUAAGAGGAUGGUGAAGCACAGCUUCAUAGCUCCUCACUGCAAAGCUCUGCCGAUUCUUCCCUCUUAGCCUGUAUCUGCCCUUGCUACUCUUCUAUUAUCAUGGCUUUUACUGUUUGCCUGCUACAGGUGUCAGGUUUAGUGGUUUGCAUUUCUCCAGAUCCCUCAUAGCACUUAAAAGUAAGUGGUGUCACAUGCCAUCCUCUUUUUUUUCUUUGGCUGUUUUAAGUAAAGGGUUAUACACCAGCCUUAACAGUGCAACAAUUUCCCAUUAGCGUUCCUUAAAAACCGAUGAGUGAGUAACAUCUGCUCCUCGUGAAUUUGUUACUACCCGUUGCAUCUAUUUGUUCUAAACCGUCAUCUAAUGGCCCUUCAAUCUGAGGCAGCUUUUCUGCAUUAUCCCCUUAACAAAUGGCUCAGCCGUGGGAAUUUCACUAAGCUUUUCUGUGCUGAACGCAGCCUCGAGUAAUCUGUUUAGCUGUUGUGUUAGGGCUUGUUUUCUCUCAAACUCCGUUGCCACUCCUUUGCUGCAUGCCCCGGUCACCUGCAGACCCUCCAGCAUGCUCCUUGCUCCUGCUGGGGUAGAGGAAGGUUUUUCUCUAUUAGCAAGUUAUUUCCUCAAAAUCUUUUUUAGUCUGCCUUUCUGUUUCUGCUUUUAAUUUGACAGAGUUCAUGUCCUUUUCCAUUUCCUCGUUUGGACAGGAUCUAUUUCGGUUCUUUCCCAUGUAAUUCUUAUCAUGCUAUUACAAUGAGCCAGUAAUGAUCUUUCUUCUGGAAAGUCUCUGAUAUUUUAACACCCUUAUAUAAAAAUCAAGCAUUUUAGUCCCACAUCUUAUUCUGAGACUUACAGCAAAUAGAAACAAGUGUACAUUCAGCCUGAUUGCUCCAGCUCCUGUGCCCUGUUGAAAGGGGCUUUAUUUGUCCAGAUUGUGCCUUGCCUUUUCCUGCUUACUUGUGGUUAUAAAGAUGUCAAAGUGGCACCUUUAAGGACAUGCCAUCAUGAACCCCCUGCUCCUCUCUGCCUGCUCACUUCCUCCAGUCUCUAGCUUGAAAUUCCUUUUUAAAUCUUACUCUUUUUUGCAGAGGCUUUCUUCCCGGCUAAGGUCAUGCCACACAUAGGCUAGGCAUCCUUACUCAGGAGCCUCAGCUUUUUGUUCCAGAGACUUUCAAUUUGCCAAGAAUAUGUUCUAAUAUUUUGAGAAUAAUUGCACAUCCCACCAUUAUUUUUCUCCCUAGGCAUGGAAAAUUUAAAUAUUCUAAAAUAUAUCCAUAGAUACAUAGUGAUGCUGCCCUGUGCCAACUAUAGACCUACCCACAAAGGGGAGUCACAACGUUUCAAUGCUGCAAGUGGGCUUGCUGACACUGACCACUUGGCUUUUGGGCAGCUAGUCUGCUGAGACGAGUCCUUUCCUGCUUCGGCUGCCCAGCCUCGGGUGUCAGUCUCUGGCAAUAUCUCAUCAGCCAUCCUUGAUUUUCUGCUCCUCACCCAAGAGGAGCUGAAGCGAAGAUGUGGCCUGUGUUAACUCUCCAGCUCCAGCUGAAGCUGAGCCAGCAGCUGAGGAAUUUGCAAAACUCCAUUUUGAUCCUAAAUCUGUCCAUGCUGUUGCAUCGGCUCCAUAGCUUUCAUCUGGAAAUGCAGAGCAAGUGCCAGGGAAACACUCACAUGGAUUAACAGUGGAAGGUCAUUAAACCUCCACAACUUUCCAUGCUGAUGAAAGACACACUUAAAGAAAGACUUAGCCAUCACCUGUGCAAAGCAUUUUAUCCUUGUGCUGUUCCUUAAGCUCAUGGGUGGCUGGACAAAAGUUAACCGGACCGUACCUGAGUUAUUUCCUUCUUACCCGCACUUUCUGAUCUACAUUAAAUAGGCACUCCUGGCAGAUGGCAACUGAUCUGUCACACUCACAGGGAACUUCAAAGGCAUAAUUAUGGCAUAGAAAGGGAACGAUUAUAUUUUGAGACAUUUCUAUCAAUCCUUGCGAUUGCAGACAGCAGAUGGGCUAUAUGAUGGAUUUUAGAGCUCAAGCACAAAAUAAUAGUUUUUUGCAAUAGGGAGUUUUGUUGAUUUUCUUUGCAGAAACAAAGCCAUAAAGACAUAUUGUCUCAAUAUAGGCUUUUGCCUAUAUUUAAAACAAAUUUGCCAAAUUUCUGAAAAAAUACAGGAAAAUUGGCAUUCACUAUUCAUUACAAUUCUUUUCCAGUCAAAUACCAUUCUAGAUCAACUUCAGUGUGAUACAUUCAAAUUCAUCUGGAAUAAAUGUAGUACUUAGAGAGAAAAUCAUGGCCUGAAUGGAGAUUUGUAUUGUUUUCACAUCUUAAAUCCAUGUAUAUGAUGUUGUACGGGGCUUUCUUUUAUCCUGCUUUAUUCCCUAUUUUCCACCAGAGGGAGAUGUUGGAUCAAGCAGUUACUGCACGAAACCCAUCUCAAAGAGCAAACGCGGUGAUGCUGAGCCCAGUGGAAAUGUGGGUGCCCGUCGGGCUCCCACAUACCUGUAAGGCUUAGAGGAGUUGAGCGCUGCAGUAGGGCUUAAGACAUAGUCUUGAAUCACUUAGGGCCGUAAAAUGUCAUGGGGAAUGAUUAAAAAAAAAAGUAGAUUGAGGAAAUGGAAACGUGAAGGUAGCAGCACGCCAGAAGCUGCUGUUAAUAAAAAUAAGGGAUUAUAAUCCUAGACAAAGCUGUUGCUAUAGCAGCAUGUCCCAGAGCUUUUCCCCACCACAAGGCUGGAGGGAAAACCACCAUCCUGGGUAGCCAAGCGUCCUUGGUUCCUCGUGUUGUGGGGACUUGGGGUCCUCCAACCCCUCGAGCUGUGCCUGGGCUAGACAUGCCGCAGGGUGUCCCUGCGGGGCUGCAGCCUGGCCCAUGAGCCUGCUGCCUGGCCUGGCUCCUGGUGAGCCCACACACUGCUUUGGGUGCUCAGGUAUUAGAAACUAUCACUGGUUUAAGGAUAAUCCCAAAUGGUCUGUUUUCUUUCUGGAAAUUUUCCCCCCACAUCUGUUUUUGUCAAUGAAGAAGUCAAAGUAACAUAUUUUGGAGAAGGAAAAGUGGACAUGAGUCGAAACUCAGCCUUUGAGGAAAGGGAGCAGCUGGGGAGAAAAGAAAGCGGAAAGAAACUUUUCCGAAAGUGAACAACUUCAUAAAAAUGGCAUUUCCAAAUGUAAAAGAAGCUUCAAGAGAAUCUUUUCCCUGUGUUUUGUUUUUCCUCCUUUGAAAGUGUCUCACACCACUGACAGCAGCCAGCACUAGGAGAGCACUGUCCCACAUUGCUUUCCUCCCUUUCUGUUCAUGUCCACUACCUACCAUGGGGACAAUGUAUUUCUCACAUUAUAAGAGGUGUGCACCAUGUGCAUCACAUGCUGUGUUCCUGUGACUGUCACCUCUGCUGCCUUUUCAUUUAACUUCUGCAAAGUCUCAGUCAACCAGCUGAUAUCCAAGCCUAUACUUACAUUUAUGAGCCAAACAGGGAACAGGAGGCUUGUUUAUUUUCUGUAUCACUAGAGAAUUAAGCAGCCGAGUCAGCUGCAGGUGUUUCUGAAGGACAUGCAUAUGCACCUCCAGUUGACUUUUUGGCUAAAGUGAAGGUCUGGAAAACAACCCUUCCCUCAGGGGAUGCCAGGGAGGGACCCUCACGCUUGCUCUCCUCUUCAACAAACAAGCGCAUGGUUGGGAUUCAAGGAGAUGCAGUGUCUCCUCCCCACACACCUCCCAGCUUGGUGAGCCGAGCAGCCUCCUGGUCAGUGGGACAGCUGGUCUCCUUUGAGCAUGCAAGGAACUGGGUUUGGGCUUCUCACAUCCCACAUUGCUGAGACAGUGGCUACAAGAAGAGCAAUCCCACUUCUAGGUGUGCUUUGAAUAAAGCAACUGCUUUUGGUUUUUGAAAGAAAGAGGCUGAGGCACCUAAAGUCCAGGAAAAGACUCCAAGAAACAACCCGCUUCUCCACAGUGGUUAAUGAUAGCUUAAUAUUUCGCUGCAAAUGAGUUUUUGAAAAAGCUAGGUGACUCUAUAGCAGUUCUGUUAUCUCCUUCUGUAGCAGUUCAGCAGGAAAGCACAAUCAAAGCAUACGUUAAAACACCUUGAGAAGCACUGGCUACCGUGCUUCUGAAAAUCUCUCCGUAAGCCUUGGUGGGCAAGGUCCGCAUCUUUUCCGUGCGGUGAGCGUAUCUGCACAGUGUCAGCACUCCAGGAAUAAUCAUGGGGCGAAUUGCCACAGAGAUUUGCAGCAGGAUAAUUGCCUCAAACAGAAGGAUAAAUAGCUUUUUCUGGCAUUUAAUGGGCCUCUUAAGUGAACGGCAAUAAACUCUAUGCGAACAGA